AUGCCGGAUCUGUGGUGUUUCAGCAGCGGUCGACUGUCACCGACCGAUGCCACUCAUCCGAAAAAUUCAACCUCGCAACCAUUACUUUCAUCUGAUGACGACGAUCGUCGUAGCCUUCGUAGCGACGUGGUGCCACAUCGGACUCUCGUCAUUCCGAGCUCAAUUCCUGGUGGUAAAACGAUCGAGAUCCCACUUGGAUCUGUCAGCCUAACCUCAUCACGGCAGGACCUCAGUUCUUCCCGAAAUGAUCGUGAACGUAGCCCAAAGCCGGAGUCUCAAAUGGAAAAGCUCACACAACGGCUCAAGAACCUCGCAAAACCGUUCCGAAGCCCCAGCCGUUCGACUGAUGAGCGAGACAAGCUACGAUGCGCGAGUCCAGCUGACAGCAGUGGAAUCUCGGCUGAUAUUACUGACUCGAAUUCCGGUGAAGAUACUAAGCGAGCCAGCGAUCUGUCGUCGCUCUCCAGCGCCGAUCCGAACAGCUCGAUCUCAGAUUCCAGUGAAGAAGCUAAACUUCAACCACCUGCAAUCGUUCGUCACCCCCGCCAGCCGUACCUUACCAGAUUGGCACGUGAGAAUCCUGUCAGCACCAGCGUACUGCAAACGGUCUUCGAUAAUAUCGAAAGACCCGAGAUAAAACGAUUUGGAGAGAAUAACAAUGGAAAAGAAUGGAUGAACGUGCCAGUGUCGGUGGAGGAAGAUAUGCGACGAAAUGACUCAACUGGAUGGAAUCUUAUCCCCACCACGGUAACCGCGCCGAAACCGAGACCCGUCCUAGACGUCAACGAAGAAGCGAUUCAGUCGAGGAAGCGAAUCGUCUGCACUCAGAUGUCGGAGAGUCUCAAAGCUAUAGACAACGCUUGUGCGCAAAUCAGCAAGGUAACAGCGCCACAACACUGGCGGGCCCCACAUCUUCUGCAAACAAGUCUGAACACUCUUCGGGAUUCCGUCAGUACUGCGCAUGAUGCACUCGGAAUGUUUGUUGAUGGAACCGGAAGAAUAUCGAUUGAUCGAAAGAAUCCGAAAGCUGAAGAACUUGACGAUCUCCUAAGACCACUAGUGGAGACUCGGAAUCAUCUGACGCAUCUACGAAAGAACCUCGACGCGGCUGGUUGGACGGUAUCGGUGCUGUCGCGCGACAGCGAAAGUUCGCGAAGUAUGGACUCACUUGAGCAAUUCAUCGCUGCCGUUCAGAAGGUGCCGUCGGAUUGUCGACGCCUUUUGCAAUGGACGCAACUUCUCAUUCCAUCUUCGUCGAUUGUAUUUCUUAGCCCCAUCGCUGACACAAAGCCGGAGGAUCGCCAGUUAGUUCGCUUCUAUGCUCCACAGCUAGAUCAACACACCGAGUCGCUCUCCCUGGCUAUUGAAGAUUUCUUGGGUACGGUCGAGAACAACUUACCGCCCCGAGAAUUUGUACAGAAAGGGAAGCUUAUUAUUCUGGCAGCACAUAAAUUAAUCUACAUUGGGGAUACGGUAUCACAGUGUGUGGGAGACCGGGCAGCUAGUAACAGCCUUCGACAAUGCGCCGAUCGGUUAUGUGAAUUGCUUAAGGAAUGCGUCAGAGCGACAAAACUCGCUUCUGAAGAG